GCUAGGUGACUAAAUGCUUUUGGAUAAUAGGUUAAUCUAAUCAACAGGCUUGUUUUAUCUAAAUGUUUACAUUUUGUAUCUGCAGUGUUGAAGAAUAAUUUGACAGGGAAUAUCGAAGUGAUUUGGGCAAGCCUUUUUUGUGGAAAUUAAUCAGGAAAGACCGUUCAACAUUGUGACUUGUGGUAAACAUAUGUUUACAUAUUUUUAUUCGUUGCAUACCUGUGUGUAAUGACACAGUGCAAUCAUGAAGAAACUCUACAUCCGGGAAGAAAUUGAUGUACGGAUGAAACCAAAUAUUACGGAAAGCUGAAUUGAAUGUCUCUCUAAAAUCCGAUGGAUGCUCCUGUAUUUCUAAGACUCUUUCUGUUUUCACAAGCAAUCUCAAUAAUUAAAGGAAACAUCGAUGACCAUGGUUUCUGUCAUGAACAAAUACUUAACGUAACAUUCUGCGUUUAUUGUGGAUCCGGUGUUCCAGACUAUAUUGCAGUUACAAUAGUGGCAGGUGAAAACAACCCCAAUGGGACCUACCAGUUAUUCUGUAAGACACCUCAAUGGAUUUGUUCUGGCUCUAUGACAGAAACCUACAAUACAACUAGUGAUACACUAGAGAUAGGAUUUAUAUUCAAUCAUUCAAUUCAUGGUGGCCGUUACUUAUGGAUAAUACGUGAACGAAACGGCAGUCAAGAAAAUCAACAAAUCCUUCUGAAACCUUGCUUGUCAGGAUUUACAACAAACGCCAGCUUUUACAAUGAGUCUCACAUUACUGUUGAUUGUCAGCAUUCGUCUUUCAAUUAUUCCAAUUCCCUAAUAAGAAUAAAGAUAGAAGACGGAACAGACUUCGGCGUUUGCUCAAAAGUUGGGUGCCUCGAAUGCAAAAGGCUUCCAGAUGGCAUACAAUGCAUGGUGCCGUAUAUUCCAGGAAAAGUGAUCCAGUGUAUAUUAGAUGGGGCAGUCUACAAUAUAAGUGCUCCAGAUAUUGCAACAACAACUCUAACCGCAGAAACAACAGAAGUCGAAUUACCAACAACAUCAAAUGAAAAUUCAGAUAUAGAUAGAUUUACGUCAACCGAAAAGUCAACACCGUUGCAAAGUGUGACAAUCAUGCCAGAAAGCUCAGCGACAUCUAGUGAAAUAUUCACGGCAACGGUUGAAAGUUCUUCCUUGUCACGUGAACAGAAUGUAACAACAUCGUUUACAAAAGGUUUAUCAACCUCUGAAAGUAUAACAUCAACAGAUAACUUGCCGGGAUCCUUAAAUAUAACAACAGAGUCUCCACAAAGUUUGCCAACAGAACAAAGAAUCGUCACGUCCACAGAAGGUUCAAAAACAGAGUCUACAAAUAGUUUGUCAACAGAACAAGAUAUCGCUACGUUCACAGAAGGUUCGUCAACCUCUGAAAGUAUUACAUCAACAGAUAACUUGGCAGGAUUUUUAAAUAUAACAACAGGGUCUACAAAUAGUUUGUCAACAGAACAAGAUAUCGCUACGUUCACAGAAGGUUCAAAGACCUCUGUGGAAACCAUCGGAAGCAGAACAGUUAAAGAAGAAACGACAACUGAGUAUUUAGGGACGACUGUAAAGACAACAAACGCUUCAUCAAAUGCAGCAAUUACGAUAAUCAAUCAGAACAUAAUCGAUCAAGGAUUUUGCCAUAAACAGGACGUCAACAUUCAGUUGUACAUUAACUGCGGUAUACCUUUCUCUGCCAACAUUACUGUGGCUAUAGUGACAAGCAAAUGUGAAAUCAGACCAAACUACAUCUUGACUUGCUGGAGGUCUAAUGACAGCACGUGGUAUUGUCCCAGAUUUGAUAUUAUGACAGGGAAAUUCAAUACAACUAGUGGUAUAUUAGAUAUAAAUUUUAAGUUUAAUUUCACCAUCCAUGCAGGAAAUUAUGUAAGGAUGAUAUCUUUUUGUGAUGGAAACCAAGAAUCGAGGCAUAUUCAUCUUAUACCAUGUUUUUCAGGAUUUACAGUAAAUGCUACCUUCUACAAUGCCACGUCAAUCGUCAUCAAGUGUCAGCAUUCGGCAUUUAACUAUUCCAGCUCUCAAAUCAGAGUCAAAUCAAAAGGAGGUAACGACCUUGGGGCAUGUUCCAAAAUCAGCUGUAAUAGUUGCAAAAGAUUACAAGAUGGUAUACAAUGUGAUGUAUUGUAUGCCCCUGAAAGCAUAUACCAGUGUGUGUUGGACGGUGCAAUCUAUAACAUAAGUCUACUAACAACGCAGCCAGACAUUCAAACAACAACACCACAAAACGUUUUUACUUCACAAAGGGUAACAGCGGCAUCAGAAAUCACAACAGUGUCAGAAAAAAGCGUAUUGACUUCAACAGAUAGCUCAUUAACAACGUCACAAAGAAUUCUUACGUCAAGUGAGGGAUCAACAGCAUCCAACUCAUUUACAAAAACAUCAUCGGAAGGCACAACUGUAGAAACGUUUGAUUCGACGUUAACAGAAAAUAGCAAAGCUACUUUUUCCAAAGACCAUUCAACAACAGAGAGCACAACAUCAAGGCCUGGAGAGAUUUCUACGUCACAGAACGACAUAGAAAGUUCAUCAACGUCACGAGAAAACGUUGAAAGUACAACCAGUGCGCCACAUUUUGAAUCAACGUCAAUAAAAUCAACGAAAAUUAUAACAACAGCUCCAAGAGAUGCAGCAAUUACGAUAAUCAAUCAGAACAUAAUCGAUCAAGGAUUUUGCCAUAAACAGGACGUCAACAUUCAGUUGUACAUUAACUGCGGUAUACCUUUCUCUGCCAACAUUACUGUGGCUAUAGUGACAAGCAAAUGUGAAAUCAGACCAAACUACAUCUUGACUUGCUGGAGGUCUAAUGACAGCACGUGGUAUUGUCCCAGAUUUGAUAUUAUGACAGGGAAAUUCAAUACAACUAGUGGUAUAUUAGAUAUAAAUUUUAAGUUUAAUUUCACCAUCCAUGCAGGAAAUUAUGUAAGGAUGAUAUCUUUUUGUGAUGGAAACCAAGAAUCGAGGCAUAUUCAUCUUAUACCAUGUUUUUCAGGAUUUACAGUAAAUGCUACCUUCUACAAUGCCACGUCAAUCGUCAUCAAGUGUCAGCAUUCGGCAUUUAACUAUUCCAGCUCUCAAAUCAGAGUCAAAUCAAAAGGAGGUAACGACCUUGGGGCAUGUUCCAAAAUCAGCUGUAAUAGUUGCAAAAGAUUACAAGAUGGUAUACAAUGUGAUGUAUUGUAUGCCCCUGAAAGCAUAUACCAGUGUGUGUUGGACGGUGCAAUCUAUAACAUAAGUCUACUAACAACGCAGCCAGACAUUCAAACAACAACACCACAAAACGUUUUUACUUCACAAAGGGUAACAGCGGCAUCAGAAAUCACAACAGUGUCAGAAAAAAGCGUAUUGACUUCAACAGAUAGCUCAUUAACAACGUCACAAAGAAUUCUUACGUCAAGUGAGGGAUCAACAGCAUCCAACUCAUUUACAAAAACAUCAUCGGAAGGCACAACUGUAGAAACGUUUGAUUCGACGUUAACAGAAAAUAGCAAAGCUACUUUUUCCAAAGACCAUUCAACAACAGAGAGCACAACAUCAAGGCCUGGAGAGAUUUCUACGUCACAGAACGACAUAGAAAGUUCAUCAACGUCACGAGAAAACGUUGAAAGUACAACCAGUGCGCCACAUUUUGAAUCAACGUCAAUAAAAUCAACGAAAAUUAUAACAACAGCUCCAAGAGAUGAAUUUAAUGUACAAUCGUCCUUCUACAACGAGACGUCUGUCAUUAUUAAUUGUCAACAUGCGUCGUUCAGCAAUUCUAGCUCUGUGAUCAGAAUCAAAUCAGAGGGAGGGGACGACUUUGGGUCAUGUUUCAAAACAAUGUGUAACGGUUGUAAAACUUUGUUUACAUACACUGCUUUAGGUCUACCAGAAGGUAUACAAUGCAUAGUGCCUUAUACUCCUGGUAAGAUAUUACAGUGCAUAUUUGAUGGUGCAGUCUACAACAUAAGCAUCCCAGCAAAUCACGUUACCCAAACAACCUUACCAGGGACCACAAUAACAUCAGAAAGGACCACGGCGAUUUCAGAAUAUCGCUCUUCUUCGACCAUAAGUAUGACAUCAAAAAUACAGGAAAGCUCAACAACACAAACAUUUACUUCGCCUGCGAGAUUAUCAACAGAACAGAGUUUUACAACCGGGCUUACAGACUUAACAACUGAACACAUUUUUAGGACAACAGAGUCACAAAACUCACUAACAUCUAGAAAUAUUACACCAUCAACGCCUGAUAUUUCAUCAACGUCGCUAAUUAUUACGACAACCUCCCCGAGUGAAAUUAAAACGUCACCAAAUGUCAUGCUGACGUCAUCUAGUAUUUUUUCAACAUCAAAACGAAAUACCGUGAUGACUACUUUACCAGGAACGCAAACGUCAGGAGGAUCCACAUUGAUAUCAACCCUAAAACCAAUAGAUGUUUCAGAAUUCACUGUAUAUGUGACCUUUCAUAAUGAAUCUUUCAUCAACGCUAGAUGUCAGCAUUCAUCAUUCAAUUACUCCAGUUCAACAAUACGAAUUAAAGUAAAAGGGGGAAAUGACUACGGCGCAUGCUCAAGAUACAGCUGUAACGGCUGCGCAAGGUUACCAAAUGGAAUUGAGUGCAAUAUACCGUACACUCCUGGUGAAGAACUGCAGUGCAUAUUAGAUGGCGCAGUUUAUGAUAUCCCUGUACAAAAUAUGACGCCACCUGGAAUCACAACAACACUGCUGCAGAUUUUAAAAACACAGCAUAUCAACACAACACCAUGGAUAACUUCAACAACGCCCACAAGUAUCUCAAAAGAAAGCUUAACAACAUCCCCCGAAAGCUCAGCAACCUCACAAAAUGCUCCAAUAACAACAACAAAACAGUCCCCGACAACGCAACAAAAUAUCAUAACAACAACAAAGUCCUUGACAACGUCUCAGGAUAUUUUAACAACAACAACACAGACAUCGACAACGUCAAAAUAUAUCACAACAACAACAACACAAUCAACGACAACGUCACAAAAUAUCAUAACAACAAAGAAAAGUAACCCAACGACCUCCCAAGAAUUCAUAAGAACGACAAAUAAGCCUAUAACAUCCCAAAGAGGCACGACAACUAAUAUCAAAACAAUCCUUGACAAAACUACAACAACAAAAAGUAAUCCAACAACAAGGAGUAUAACCACGUCGACCAGAAAAAGCUUUGAAACACCGCAUGGAAACAUAAAAAGCACAACUCCAGCGAAAGAAACCUACAGAAGCAGCGGGGUGAAUGUUGUUCAAAGGCCCCUAAUCAACGCAGCUUUGCUCCUGAUCGUCGCCACACAUUGUCUCAAGUACAUGUAAAUCGUUUCUUAUCUAAAAGUUUUGUUUGAAAAUGGCUUAAAUAGUUACCUUCAAUUAUCUUGCGUUGCAUCUAGCGAAAAAAGUAAAUAUUUAUAUAAUAUUCAUGUCUUUUUGUGUUGGUUUCAUGUAUAUAUAUUUAGUAUUGUUUUAUUUUUUAAUAAAUCUUCUGUUGAACUUUUUUAUUAUCUGAAAAUCUCUCGAAGUCGGUUAAUCGUGUAAUUUUAUAAUAGUAUAUAUCAUAUACAUUGUAUACAUGCUUGAUCGUGGAUAUUUUAAUAUAAUCAAGUUAUUUAUAAAAAUGGGUAAAAAUGAUUUAAUACUAACAAACAAAUUGCAGGUUUGACAGGUUUCUAUUAGCACAUUUUUAUAGAUAUGUAAAAACGCAUUCUUUUUUUGUUGGGAAGGACGUUUAAAAAAUAAUAUCAAACUAGGGAAACAAAUAUUUAUUCAGUGUACUUCUAUAGGCACAGUGUGUGUUUUAACAAUUGUUUUAAUUGUUGGUCUGGUUAAAACAACACAAGAACUCGCGAAUGAGGAUUGUUAAAUGUCACUUGCAUACAUUUGACACCAUUUUGUUAGUAUUAUGCUAUUUUACUCUGUUUUAUUUUUCUUUUGUUUUAUUUUAUUUUGUUGCUGGUUUAUUGUAAUAUCAAAGACAAUUUAUAUCCUGUAUGAAGAUAUAUAUUUGUUUUACUCAGUGGGAAAAUGGAGUAAUCAAUCUAUCUGAGAGAGAGAGAGUUCAUAAAAUACUGAGAGAGAGAGAGAGAGAGAGAGAGAGAGAGAGAGAGAGAGAGUUUUCAUAAUAUACUGUUAUGCCACCGAAGUGGAUUGUUUUGUUUUUUUAUUGAUUUUAUACAUGUAACCAUUAAAUAUAAAUUUGUAUUAUUUGAUUGUUUUACUAAUAUUAAGGUAGCUCCUGCCUUUUAAAUUUAUCUGAGAAAUGCAAGUAAAAUUGCUUUUAAUCAAUUAAUAAACAUCUCAUGAAAAAGAAAAACACAAAAAAUGUUGAUAUAAUUAGAU